AUGGCUCCUUCCGCAGUCGUCAAGGCUCCGUCGACCAAAGAGUAUCUAGAGUAUGUGUUACAUCACGAAACCUGUCUCCUGUUUCUAUACUCUAACACAGAUUUGAACAGACUCACACAAGGCCCUCGAGUCGACAUCUACGUUGGUGAUGAAAAGGAACAUUUUUCGGCCCCAAAAAACCUACUUUGUUACUAUUCCAAGUACUUUGAUAGGUACUUCAACGGCAGCUUCCAAGAAGCCCAGACCCAAAGACUGGAAGUCCCAGAAGAGGAUUGCGUGUACUUCAAGGCUUUGCUGGCAAUCAUGCUUCAAGGGAAGCUUGAAACGGAUUUCGCAUCAGAAUUGGGCGAUGACUGGGAGCUCGUGAAUCCGUAUUGCAGAAAUUUCUUGCAAUGUGCAGACAAAUAUGAUCUCGGCUUUAUUGCCGCAGAUAUCAUGUAUCCUAUUCUACGCAAAAUAUGGUACCAAGAAUUGAGAUAUUCCAAUCACGAAUGUAUCAGUGGAGAAGACGUUGAGGUGUUCUUUACAACAGCACCACUCAGUCAUCCUCUGAGAGCUUUGGUUGUGCGAUGUGCAGUUUGGUCUGAAGCCUGUGCAGGCCGUAACGGUUCUAUGUGGCGGUUGUGCCCAACCGAGCGAAGGUUUCAAAAACAGCAGCUUGAAAUUGAGGGUUUUGCGUACCAGACACUGGGUUUCAUAAUUUCUCAUAGCAGUGGAUAUGUUACCUUUUAUACAGAUAACCUCAUGAGAGAGUCUGAUUGA